UGCAAGUCAAGCAAAUUUCACUCUUGUACAGCGCUGCCAUUCUGCAGGGAGAGUGUUGGUGCAAGGAUUGCUCCUUGUAGGCUCCUGGUCUGAUUAGCCAAUGCUUAGUAUUUGAGGUGUCAUUCAUCUAGGCAUGAAUCAUGUUUGCCUCCUGGCAUUCACCUAUUGUAGGAGUUGCCUGACGGACGUCAUGUAUAUAUAAAUGUGACGAAGGUGAAGCACCCGGAGAUCUGAUUCUCUCCCAAGAGCAUCCGAGACAUCAUCUACGCCCCCCACCCACCCAAUCUCACACUCUCAGGCUCGAAUCUAGAAUGAACUUUGCCCUCUUGUCCGCCGUUCUCUCGGCCCUGGCCCUGAGCAGCGUGAAUGCAGCCAACAAAGUCCCUUUCGAGAGACUGGACAAGAAUGACACUCUCCUGUUGAUCAUCGAUCUCCAGGAAGGUCUCUUCAACCUGGCCCGUGACUUUGAUGCCACCCUCUUCCGGGACAGCAUGAUCGCUCACGCCGCUAUUGGCCAGGCCUUCGACGUGCCGGUUAUCAUGACCACCUCUGCCCAGACCGGACCCAACGGCCCACUGCCGCAGGAAAUUCUGGACAUGUAUCCCAACGCCCCUCUGAUCAAGCGUCAGGGUGAAGUCGACGCCUGGGACAACUCCGACUUCCGUGCGGCUGUCCGCGCCACCAACAAGACGCAGAUCGUUAUGGCGGGCAUUGUUACCGACGUCUGCACGGCCUUCCUCGCGCUCUCUCUCCGCGCCGAGGGCUACAGCGUGUGGGCAAACAUUGAGGCCUCCGGCACGACCACGCCCCUGAUCCGAGACAUCAGCAACCAGCGGAUGGUGGACGCCGGAGUGAACGUGGUGUCUCUCUUCUCCAUCGUGUGCGACCUGAUGCGCGACUGGCGCAACGUCCCUGGUGCUGUCGAGCUCCUCCCCUGGUUGGACAAGUACCUGCCUGCCUAUGGCUACGUUGCCCGCGGCCACGCCAACGCGAUUCGCAACGGCACCAUCAUCCCCGGCCAGGAUAAGUUGCCCUCGUAAGAUGGGUAAUUUCGCGGCAAGAAUGUCGUCACUUGUGGCUGGCGGUGGUGGAGCGCGAGUUGCUGUGGAAUCACAGCCAUUGGUGGACCGCCUUUUCCUAUGUUCCAUGUCCAAGUGCGCAAAUCCAUGAGCAAUCGCAUUUUGACAAAGAAUAGGAGAGCCGAGGUUCCUGAGUUUAAGUCUACUUCUUGUCACUCGCUUUGGUGGAAAAGAUUUUUGGGGUCGGCAAGCUUUUCAACAACCUUGCCCACACUCUACUCAGUUAUAUGGGAAACAAUGGGGUAUUAGAAACGAUUCCAAGGGAUUAGAUAGCUUUCCAAAUCCUAACC